CCUGCAAAGAUUCAAUUGGAACAUCCCAACCGACACCUCCAGCGUAAUCAACCUCCCACAUUCUCACCACAAACCGCCAUCAUGUCUGCUGCGUGGAAAGCCGCCGGUCUCACCUACAACCGCUACCUCGCCAUUGCGGCCCGUACCAUCCGCCGCAGCCUGAAGGAGGACAAGCGCAUCAUCGCCGAGCGCCGUGGCGAGUCUGAGCUCAAGUUCGCCAAGUGGCAGAACGGCAAGGCCUCCGAGAUGAAGAACGUCGCCUCCGAGAACGCUGCUGCCAUGGCUCAGCAGAGCUCCUAAACGAAACGGUGCAAUGGGGAUGGAACGAGGGGACGGCGUGUGAGGAAUGCGUGGAUGGCCGAUAGAGAAGGAAUAGGCUGCACGUAAGGCACCACGACUCGGCGCAUGGCCCUCGCCUGCCGAUGUAUCAUAGACGGUUGUGGCAGAAUAUACCAAAUACUGUUGGAGCUUUGCUCAGUUCACUUUGUAUCCAAGUCGGCAAUGUUGGCGCUUCGCUCCUGGGACAUGUGGUUAUCGACUUUCUCACAGGUGCCGCCAUCCCGGCUUUGAAAUCAUUGAAUAAUUGCACCUGCAAUUGCUGUUCAUAUGGCCAUAGCUGUAGAGCCGUACCCGGUCGAUUUAAAUGUUGCUUGACAUUGAGUUUGGU